AUGUUUACACCGCCAACAACAAGAAUGCCUGCAACUGGAAAUGGAAAACGAAGUAUGGAAGAAGUUAUGGUUCGAGCAGCUGAGCAUGCGAAAAAAGAAGAGACAUUCCAGAAAGGAGGUUUUGAGUUUAUAUCGAGAGCUGGACAUAUUUUAGAAUCACAAUGUCAUCAUUCAGAAGGAAUUGGAGAAGAUAAAUGUUUGGUAGGUGUUUUCAAAAUUCUUUUUUAUUUAGAAAAACAAUAAGGCGAUUCUCUUUUCAGAAAUGUGUAUAUAAUCGCGAAUUGAAGCUCGAAGAAUUGCCUGAAAUGGUUUUUGCCCGAAAUAGUUUAACAAUCAAAUUUGGCAAAAAUGGAUCGAUUGAAUUCAAUGCAUUAGAUGCUCUCAAAAUGGUAAUCGAUGAUAAAUUACCCGAUGUUCAAGUUGGAGCAUCGAAUGUUUGGCAAAGUGCCAGAUCGGAAAGAAUCAAGCAGAUAACAACACAACACAAACCAUUUGAUUGGACAUUUACGACCAAAUAUCGGGGAACUGUCGAGAAUUGUCAGGUGAGAAAGACGGGGGUUUGGAGAAUAGGUAGACUGGGCCAGUUCUCGAAUUUUGGGUUCCUGAAUCGGACCAAUCUAGAUUUAG